GUCCGCUGUCUCGACCCCGAGCACGACAGCGCAACCGCAAACACCGUGUCGUACUCAUUCUGCGGUCACGUCUUCACAACGCUCUGGGUAUAUAGGAUACGAAAGCGGGCGGAGGUUGCAUACAUCACGAAGGCCUGUAGACACACUCCUAAACGGCUAAGCGGGGCAUAGGGAGUUAGGAAGAACAACGGUUCGAAGAGAGACCACCGCUGCGUCACGGACAGCGUCGCCCAGUUCCAAGCCAAAGAUGAGGCGUGCGGUAGUCUGGGCAUCCUGCAUCCAGCUGGCACUGCUCUAUGUCACCUUCGCUAAAGCCGGUCACGAGUCUUUCUACGACGACGACUCGUGGUCCCUGGCCGGUGGCCGCUGGGGUGAACUGCAGAAGCGGCAGGGCCUCAUUCCCUUCCCCAGGGUCGGAAGGUCGGCAUCAGCCCACGACCUCAAUCCAGAUGAUCUGAUUCCUCUGGACACAGAUUCUGCGGCAUCGGGUGGAUGGGCCUUCCUUCUCCUACCCUACAAGCGUCGUAGCAACACCUUCACUCCUCGCAUUGGCCGUAAGCGCAGAUCUGUGGGCCGACCUGAUGACGGUGUGCACAAGGAGGACGGCGGAUCGUCGCGUUCUCGCCAGGCUGCCUGGGCAGACCUCGACUGGUCAUACUCGCCUUUAUCUCGGCAGCUGGUGCCCGUCAUCCGCAACGGAAGGGGAACAUUCGUGCCCAGGCUAGGAAAGCGGAGAUCGCUGGGCUCCGGUUACGGCGACGAAAUCGACUCCGGCUGGGACACUAGCCUCGAGGUGGCCUCCUUCAUGGACGACCCGAAGCGCGGCUCCUUCACACCGCGCAUCGGACGCGGAGCCUUCACUCCCAGGAUCGGCAGGACACCGUUCACACCACGCAUAGGGCGCUCCAGUGGGAACCAGGAGAAGAACUCGGACGGCGACGACAAGUCGACGCCGCGUUCGUCUUCGUCAUCCUCCGGCGUUCAAGGCAACGCUGUUUGAAGGAAGAAGCCCGCAGCGCCACCGUCCUCCUCUUGCUUCCGCCCUGCUACGUCACAUCCGCGACUCACGGAUGUGACAUUGCAUUUCAUGACGUCGUGAAAACGUACAAUGGCCCCGAGCUGUUGGCGGGAACGAUAAAAAAUAUUUACCGGAGGGGAAUAAAGUGAAGAAGCAGCUGGAGGUGAAGAAAAAAAAAAGCCCUCAAGAGGCAUAAGCAUCUGUUUUAUUGCUUGUUUACCAGAGGCGGGUAGCUCCGCUGAGAAUCAACGUGAAUAAAAAACCAAAGUUACCUUUAC